AUGAAGACUUCUCUUUCUCUCUUGCUUCUCCUCUUUCUCUUUUUCCUCUCCUCAGCAACUUCCUCAAGGAACUUUCACCACCACCAUUGUAAUUCUUUUUCCAAAAGAACCCCACGUUCUCUGUGCUUCAACCUUCAAAGAACAUUCCACAAGAACAAUAUGCAUAUUCCAGUUCCACAGCAGGGAAAUGGGGUUGAAGUUGAUCCAAGGUAUGGUGUAGAUAAGAGAUUAGUUCCCUCUGGUCCAAACCCACUUCACAAUUGA